AUGUCUCCGACCGAUAAAGGACAUUUGCCACUACAGGUCGAAGUGUUUGGACUUUCAUUACUAAAUAAUACAGAUUUUGUUGUUGCAAUCGGUAUAUCGAUGACAACCAAUCAGUCUUCAUCUCAACCCAUCGGACAGUCAAACAAAAGCCCAAGAGAGCACUCUCAUGGUAGUCUUCCGACAUCUAGUUCAGCACCUCGUAGUCGUUUACCUGGUCAUAAUCACUCGUCCUGUGAAUCAAUAGAUUCUAUCAAUCCCGAUCAAAUGCUUUAUUAUGGGGCGAAGCAGAUAAUCAGUUUAUUUAUACCAGUGACAGUUUGUAUGUUGUUUGUUGUUGCUGUCGCUUCGACAGUUGACUUUUAUGGACAUACGGAUCAGUAUUUGUUGUAUACACCUUUUCAUACUCCAGAUGCAGAUAUUGGGACACAAACAUGGCAAACAAUAGCUAAUACUUUGAUAUUUAUGAGUGUGGUUGUCGUAAUGACAUGUGUCCUUGUUUUACUGUUCAAGUAUCAGUGUUAUAAGUUUAUUCGGGGUUGGAUAAUUAUGACGACCAUCUUCUUACUUUUCCUGAUAUCCUUCAUGUUUUUUGCUGAAGUUCUUCGAGCUAUGGGUGUAUUUGUUGAUUAUAUUACAGUAGCGUUUGCUUUAUGGAAUUUCGGUGUUGUGGGAAUGAUAGUUAUUCAUUGGCGUGGACCAUUAGUUCUACAACAAGCGUAUUUAAUAUUUAUAUCUGCACAGAUUUCAUUAAUGUUUCUAAAAUAUUUACCCAAAUGGACGUGUUGGCUUGUUUUAGCAGCGUUAAGUGUUUGGGAUAUAGUAGCUGUUUUGUGUCCAAAUGGACCAUUGCGAUUGCUUGUAGAAAUGGCUCAUGAACGACAACAACCUCUUUUCCCUGCCCUUCUAUAUUCAACUACUACAGUUUAUCUUGUCAAAAAACAUGAACCAGUUGAGAGAGUUGAAAAUGAUCAACAAUUUGUUGGGUCCACUAUUGCAUGCUCUAUUGAUGCUCCGAAUGAAGCGACAAAUGUUAAUUGUACUACACAAUCUUGUCCUACUACAUCUGAGUUGGUAGUUUCAGAUAACGAUAACCAGCCAGUGACAGGGAAUUCCAGAGACAUGUCAAAUAUUCCUAUUAAUACGUCCGGAACUGACGUAAUUGUAGUUGAUACUCCUGAUGACAAUACGAGUAAUAAUGAUGCCAAGAGUAAUAAUGAAACUAUAUCACAGGCACCUCAUGAAACAGAUACACUUGUAGCAGGUCGGCUUAAUCGUUGGCAAGAUCUGCAAGCAGAUUUAAUUGAUCGUGACUCAAAGGGUGUAAAACUUGGUUUAGGAGAUUUUGUAUUUUAUAGUCUAUUGAUUGGUCGUGCAACACUUGAUGGCGAUGCAGUCACUGUAGUCACAUGUUAUGUGGCUAUAUUAGUUGGAAUGUGUAUUACUGUUAUAGUAUUGGGAAUUACACGACAAGCAUUACCAGCUUUACCAAUAUCCAUAACAUGUGGUAUAUUAUUUUAUUUUGUCAGUUCAGCGACAAUAUCACCGUUUCUUGAGGCAACAGCAGCUGAACGUGUGUUCUUCUGA